UACUGCAAGUUUGAGAGUCAAUGAACAAGUUACAAACUGAGAUAGUAUGUUAUUGUUCAUUCACUUGAUCAGGUAGAUGAAGAAGGUCAACUAAUAAAGCAUUCAUGAAAAAGUUAGUAGAAUCAAUGGAAACUAACAAUAGAGUUGAAAAAAAUCUACUACUAACAAGGUCAUCAUCAUCAUCUUAUGAUGAGAUUGAAAGUAAUCAAAAUUUGAGCAAAAGAUUUUGGGUUGAAUCACUGAAAGUAUGGAAAAUUGCAUUUCCUACUACGGUUGCUAGAGUCACAUCAUUUGGUAUUCUUGUUGUCACACAAUCAUUCAUGGGUUAUAUUGGUGAUAUUGAACUUGCUGCUUAUUCUUUGAUGCAAAUCUUUCUGCUUCGUUUUGCAAAUGGAAUCCUGUUAGGAAUGGCAAGCGCUCUUGAGACAUUUUGUGGGCAAGCAUUUGGAGCAAAACAAUACCAAAUGAUGGGAAUUUAUUUGCAGCGGUCUUGGAUAAUUCUUCUGAUCACUGUAAUGCUUAUAACUCCCAUUUUCAUCUUUUUGACUUCGAUUUUGAGGUUACUUGGUGAAGGACAAGAGUUAUCUAUAGUGGCAGGGAAUCUUUCACUAUGGUGCAUUCCGGUUCUCUAUUACUUUGUUUUUGACUACACUUUGCAAAUAUAUCUCCAAGCCCAACUCAAGAACAUGAUCGUGGGAUGGUUGUCCGCAGCCGCAUUUGUUUUGCAUAUAAUCUUGUCGUGGGUAUUUGUGAUCAAGUUCAAUUUGGGUGUACCUGGUGCAAUGGGAGCUAUGAUUAUUUCAACGUGGUCAAUGGUAAUCGGGUUAUUCAUUUAUGUGUGCGGUGGUUGGUGCCCUGAUACAUGGACAGGUUUAUCAAUAAGCGCAUUCUCUGAACUUCUUCCGGUUGUUCGGCUUUCACUCUCAUCUGGUGUGAUGCUCUGUGUUGAGUUAUGGUACAAUGCGGUUCUUGUCUUAAUGGCAGGAUACCUUAGAAAUGCAGAGAUCUCAAUUUCUGCCUUCUCCAUUUGCCUCAAUAUUUUGGGUUGGCAGUUUAUGAUAAUCCUUGGUCCUGCAACAGCAGCAUGUGUACGAGUGGCAAACGAACUUGGAGCUGGGAAUGUGAAAGCAGCACAAUUCUCCGUUAAAGUCAUCAUGACCAUUUCCGUAUCACUUGGAUUGGUCUUUUGGACUUUGACUUUGAUCUUUGGCAACUCCAUCUCGUAUUUGUUCUCGAGUAGCAAUGAGAUUGCAAAAGCAGUCUCAAGUCUCUCGGUUCUUCUAUCUUUCUCAGUCUUACUCAGCAGCAUCUAUCCAGUAGUUACAGGGGUGGCAAUUGGUGCUGGUUGGCAAACACUGGUGGCUUAUGUGAACAUCACUUGCUACUAUAUUAUUGGGAUUCCUAUUGGACUUCUGCUUGCAUAUGUCUUCCAUUUCCUAGCUCAGGGAAUAUGGAUUGGAAUGAUAUGUGGGGUUGCGAUGCAAACGCUUGCUCUUAUUUACUUCACCUGGAAAAGUGAUUGGGGUGCUCAGGUGGAAGCUGCAUCAGCCCGUCUAAAGAAGUUCUCGAGGGAACCUGAAGAGUCCUACGAAAACAUAAAUCACGCCUAACUGAUUUAUGUCAAGGACAGAAUGUGUUUGACGCUUGAUGAAGAGUACUUCCUGUUUAGUCAUUGUUCGACGCUAAACUGGGCUUCGACCCACCCCUCAAAGGUCCAUAAUGUGAAUUUCAUUUGCAACCCAAUGCGCAGCCUACCAUCAUGCCCACUGGCGACUCAUUUUUUGCUUAACAUAUAUACAGGCAGCCGAUUGAAAACAACUGUGAGAACUAUUGUCACAUCCAUUUUUCAAAUUUUUUCCACUGUCAAAUCCACCGUCCAAAAAGUUCACGGGCGCACCCAUUUUUCCUGAACAAAAUUCCUCAGAGACCCAUAUUUUCUAAAAUUCUCUGUUUUUCUUUUUGAGAGGAUAAGGAGGAAUUGACAGGGGAUUUCAUUAUUAAAUCAGAACCGGAUGAUGCAAGAUCUGUAUUUUUUGUUGAUUUUCGUAGGGUUUCUGAAGCACAUCCACAGGGGAUGAAGCUAUUCGAGAUGAGUUUCCAGGUUUGUUCAUACUUGGCAUAUCGUGUCUUCGUAUUCUUCUUAGCACUUUCAGAAUCGGUUGUGCUGUUGUUAUUGAUGGCAGUGGAGUGAUCGAGAGCAAUAAGACAGGGUAGUGUUGCCAUUGAUCGAUGAGAGGUGCUGUGAUGCUGUCUCGGUGAUAUGAUGACGAGAAGCUGAGGGACUAUUAAGUUGCGAUGGUUUAGAGAGAAAUCAGUGAGAAAUGUUUGUUGCCAAUGAUUUAAAGAACGAGAAGAAAACAGGGAACUGUGGAUGGAGUCGAUCAGUCGAGCUUCUUGUUUCUGCUGAUGGAGACGAUGAAGAUUGCUAAUGGUGGAACUGUAUAUAUAACUUUUUAUGGUUGUUCGUUUGGCAGAGAAAUACUUCACAGAUUUUCAGUUGAAACUGGUCUCAAAGUUUUCGAAUUUCACUAACGGAGUGCGUAUUGCCGGAUAGUCUUUGCAAUUUUCAACUAUGAUUUCCAGUACGUAACUGGAGACCAAGUGUGUGCUAUUACAGGUAAGAGCAUAUGAAAAGUUUCAAAAUGAUGGAUGGACUUUAGUUGUCGAAGAAAAUUGGCAUUCGUCAUGGGUUUGAGAUCGGCCUGCCUUAGCUGGGAAAAUAUAACGACACAGGUUAUCAUGGCCAUACCAAUUUUGGCCUUUUUGUAGUCUACUAAGAUUUGUCCAUGACUAUUGAUUAAAUUAUAGAUUUGUCUUAAUAGCAGCUGCAGUACUAUCACUUUCCAGGAUGCAGUACCGUGUUAGUGUGUAGAUGAGCAAUCAGUUAUUAGGCAAUUGCGUUGAAACUUCCAGAAACUUUCUUGUAUACAGUUCUCUAGUUUUGAGUGGCAUAGCGUUUGUACUUUUUAGCUGUACUUACUGGAGGUUCUUCAACGUCAUGAUUAUGAAGUUAUUGUCCUUUUAAUUGUUUCCUGAAUUGGACAAAAAAAGCCGUAGAUAGUGGUUCCAAUAAAGUAAAUAUGAUGUCUGGGUUUUUGGUA